AUGUACCUGUACUGUGAUCCAAAGACGACUAGAUGGGAGAACGGCCUCGAAUGCUGCUUGUGGGACGGCGUCACCUGUGACAAUGUAACGGGUAAUGUUAUCGGCCUCGAUCUUUCAUUCAGCUGUCUUCAGGGCACCCUCCGUUCUGACAGCUCACUCUUUGGGCUUCGACAUCUUCAGAGCCUCAACCUUGGUGUUAACAAUUUCCUUACCUCACCCAUUUUGCCCGAACUAAGUGUGUUCACUGAACUGAGGCACCUCAAUCUCACUGACUCGAACUUUUCAGGUCUAGUUCCUACCGAAAUUUCUUACCUUACUAAACUUGUUUUACUUGAUCUCUCUGUGAACUUUAAUGGUAAAACCACAAUUGUCCCUAGUCUUAGGAUCGCAAAUACGGAUUUCAAAGUCCUUGUUCAAAAUUUGACAGAGUUGAGGGUACUUAAACUUGAUCUAGUAGACAUGUCUGCUGUUUCACCUAGUUCCUUCGUGAAUCUGUCAUCAUCCUUGACCGUCUUCAGUGCAUCUAUGUGCCAAUUACGAGGGGAACUUCUACCAAACAUUUUCCGCUUUCCAAACCUCCUUGAUCUCGAUUUGCAAGUCAAUGAUAUCAUGGUUUCUUUUCCGAAGUCUAACUGGAGCAAGUCUGUUGAAUCCUUAGCCCUCUUGGAUACAAGCAUCUCAGGCAAAAUACCUGAUUCAAUCAGUGAAUUGAAGAAUUUAAAAAUUCUGGAUCUCAGCAACUGCAAAUUGAUUGGAUCGAUUCCCUCAUCCCUUGCGAAUUUAACAGAAUUGACCAGGUUGGACCUUUCUUCUAAUAAUUUUACCGGUGUUUUAGACUUCAGAGUCUUUUCAACACUGAAAAAUCUUCAAGUCCUUAGUCUUACAGUAGAGCUAAAUCUAGAUUACAACAAUAUGAACUACAUAUUUCCAGAGCUUGAGACUUUGGCAUUGUCUUCCUGCAAUUUGACCCAGUUUCCACUUUUUCCGAAAUCUUCAAGAAAGCUAAGAAGAUUGGAUCUCUCCAAAAACAAGAUCAGCGGUCGGAUACCGAGAUGGUUUUGGGAUUUGGGGAAAGACACUAUUGUCUCUUGA